AUGUUGACCAUCAUCGCCGGUAUCAUCCUCGCUCUAGUUUUGAAUGACGUGUCUGUUGCUCUAGCACGCAUAACGGACGUUGUUCUAUUUGGUGAUUCCUACACUGACCAGUCCCGCCAACAUAGCAUUUCGAAUGGCACGUACCCUGGUAAAGAUUAUCAAGAAGUGUUUCCCCCUAAUGACACUGCAGCUGAUGGAGGUGUCCAAUGGCCAUGGUAUCUCGGUUUAUAUGGCAAUUACACUAUCUGGAAUUAUGCAGUCGGCGGAGCAGUCUGCUCAAACAAUUUGACACCGCUGUAUGGAGAACCUGACGUAUCCUCGGGGCAGCAGGCGUGGUUCAUUCAGGAUCACAUUGACGCCGGCAAUGCUUCUCAGCAAAAACUUUUAUUGGAUCCCUCGUCUUUCGUUGUGGUGCAGUUCAUUGGUACCAACGACGUGGGCAUCGGUUCAUUCCUCACCGCAGACCAGGCCGCCAAUGUCUCUUUGCCAGACGUUGUUGAUUGCCAGCUAGAUUCCAUUAGGACAAUGCAUCUACUAGGAGCGCGAAAUUUCAUCCUUAACUCACUGAUUCCUCUUCAACUCACCGGCUUAUAUUCCAAUUCCUCUGCACCAACCAUCUAUUAUCCUGAAGUACAUGAUGGGGAUGCUUGGAACAAGGGCAUGUAUAAUUUAGUACACAGCCUAAAUCGAAUGCUUAGCGACGGUAUCAACGUUCUCAAUGCGGAAUGGGCAGGCGACGGUCGUGUCGAAUGGUUCAAUACGUACGAAUUUUUCGAAAAAAUGUACAACAACCCUACUCAAUAUUUCAAUGGGAGCAUACCAGCUAAUGUCACCGGCCAUUGUCACCAAUGCCCAGAUCCGGACGAUUACACAAAAUGCGGAAUUGGGGACUGUACUCUGGCCGAGCGUGAUUCUUACAUGUGGUGGGACGAGCUUCAUCCAAGCGAGCAGACGGGGAGGAACCUUGCGGCAGAAAUACUCAAGAAAAUUGAAGGAAACUCCCAGUACUGA